AUGAGUGUCGCCGAAUAUGAGGUCCAAUUUACGAAGCUGUCCCGCUUUGCUCCUGAAUUGAUAGCCACGGAGCAAAGGCGUGUCAGAAGGUUUGUGCAGGGGCUGAAUGUGGAAAUACAGGAAGGUUUAGCUGCCGUGAGGAUAGACACUUUCGCAGAUGCCAUCAAGAGAGCCCAGAGAGUUGAAGUAGCUAGAGGCCAAGUGAAAUCCUUUCAGGCCAAGAAAAGAUUUGCUCCUAGUAGUGGUCGGGAGCCGAUGUAUGGGAAUGCUCCACCGGCCAAAAUGGGCCGAGGAACCAGCGGAAUGACUAGUUCUGGAGCACCACGAGGCGCACUAGCGAGAGGAACCGGGAUAAGGAAUGCAGGGGGAAGAAAUAAUGGAGCUAGAGGGGGAUCGAAUGGAAGGGGACAAUCUAGGAAUACCUCGUCGGGGGGCCGAGCAAUAAUUCCCCAAGUGACUUGCGCCUAUUGUAAGAAACCUGGUCAUACUAUAGACGGUUGCUGGAAGAAGCAAGGAAAGUGCUUGAGGUGCGGAAGUAGUGAGCACCAAAUUUCUGGAUGUCCAAAAAUGCAGGAAGGGACUACUCCAAACGCUAGACCAAACACUUCUGGAGGGAGCCGGCCGACAGUUCCUACCAGAGUGUAUGCUAUAGAGGACCAACCUAUACCUGAUUCCUCGGAAGUUGUGGAAGGUACACUUCCGAUUUUUCAUCGAUUAGCUAAAGUGUUAAUUGACCCUGGUGCAACUCAUUCAUUCGUAAAUCCAUCUUUUAUGUCUAGAAUCGACGUGAAACCCGUUAGAUUACCCUUUGACCUUGAAGUUAGGACACCAAUGGGUAAUAAGAAGACAACCACUAGCCUAGCCUAUAAGAAUUGUGAGUUCUGGAUUGGAGAGCGUAAAAUGCUAGUGGAUCUAAUCAGUCUGGACAUAAAAGGUUACGACGUUAUAAUAGGAAUGGAUUUUCUAGGCCAUUAUCAUGCUAAGCUUGACUGCCGAGCAAAAGUAGUGGAAUUUUGUAUACCUGGAGAAGCAACCCUGAGAUUAGAUGUUAAGGGUAGGUUAGCAUCGUCUGCUAUGAUCUCAGGAAUUCGGGCAAGGAAGAUGUUGUCUAGAGGAGCGCAAGGUUUCUUAGCCUUCUUGAUUAACGCUCCUAGUGAUCAAGUGAAGUUGGAGGAUGUACCAGUGGUACGGGAAUUUCCGGAUGUUUUUUCCGAAGAGCUAAAGACUUUACCGCCGGAAAGAGAAGUGGAGUUCAAGAUUGACUUGGUGCCUGGAACGGCUCCAAUUUCUAAGACUCCGUACCGAAUGGCUCCUGCCGAGCUAAAGGAGUUGAAAAUUCAACUGUAG